AUGGGCCAGAACUGUUGCCCGAGCCCAACUCAGUAUGAUUAUGCAGAGCUUCUGCCAAUGUCUGUACUCAAGCAGAACUGCAGAAGAGCGAUUGGGCAGAACAAACCUGUUCAGCACAUACAUGAGAACAACAUUGCUGCUGAUCUUUGUCCUUCUCACACUAAAUUUUCUGAGAUAUUGGAAAGGAGCAAUUCUGGUUGA